AUGUUCAAGCUCACGCAGUAUUCUCACUUUCGCAAGAGUAGCCAUUUUUCCAAGAAACUUCUUGAAAUACCGAAAGUACGCUCUAGGAUGGCGUGGAAAGGAUUCCAACGAUCUUCUCGAUCACCAGCCACCCCUUCAGAGAGUAGUGGUGACAAUCGGCAGUCCACCGAGGGCUCUUCGGCGCCUAUUCCAUUCCCGAUUGGAAUCAAGGUGCUUUAUGAAUGUCCCGAUGCCACAGUCGACAUAUGCUUUGUCCAUGGUCUGACUGGAAAUCGAGAAAGCACCUGGACGGCCGCGGGACAAUCCGAGCCGUGGCCAAAGACUCUCCUUCCAUCUGAAAUCCGCAACGCUCGCAUCCUGACUUAUGGCUAUGAUGCUUAUGUCGUGCGCGGAUCAGUGGCUAGCAAUAACCGCCUGAAGGAUCAUGCUUGCAACCUUGUCAAUGCUCUGACGGCGGAUAGAGCUUCCAUCAAAUCCCCAACUCGCGCCUUGAUAUUUGUGGCCCACAGUUUGGGGGGUCUUGUUUGUAAGAAAGCACUUUUACUCUCACAAUACAGCGGCGAAGCUCAUCUUCGUGGGAUAUACGAGUGCACCAAAGCCAUCAUUUUCAUGGGCACCCCUCAUGAGGGAUCCUGGAUGGCACGCUGGGCAACCAUCCCAGCAAAAUGUCUUGGGAUUAUCAAGUCUACCAAUACAAAACUACUGGAUAUCCUAGAUCGAGAUAAUGAAAUGCUGAAAGAGAUUCAAGAUGAAUUCUACACAUUGAUUGGAAGUUCUCGCACAAAUGGCAGGAAUAUCAAAGUGACGUGCUUUUACGAAGAACAGGGACUGUCUGUGGUUGGAACAGUUGUGCCCAAGGACUCUGCCACCUUGAAAGGUUACCAUCCCAUCAGCAUUCAUGCAAAUCACCGUGACAUGGUUAAAUUUGCAAGUAGCGAGGAUCAGGGAUUUCGAGAUCUGUGUGGGGAAUUGGUUAGAUGGUCAAAUGAAAUCAAAGAAGAAAUUGCUAAAGAUCUUGCAGAUCAGCAGCAGCAGCAACAAAAGCUGCAACAACAACCAGGUGGAGGGAACAAUAGGUACGGCAACACAAGUUCCUCUCCUUCUACGGAGAAUGCCAAAUCCGGUCACUAUCAUAUUGGACAGGUCUAUAACUCGGGAGGUGGACACCAAUUUCCAGCAGCUCAUUUCCACGGGAAUGUAAAUUUUUAG